AAUUCCAUAGAUCGCUUAGCUUCUUCAAGUCUGUCACACGCUGUGUAGAUUAGCAUACUUGCAAGUAUUCUAAGGGCAGUGGUCGAAUCGUGGAAUUGGUGCAAUCGUAGUUGUAAAUCCAGUUGAAUCUGGAGCGUCUUGUUUUUUGAUCGAGCUGGUGGUGUCUUCCAGUGAGCUGAUAUUUUUCUGUUUAGUUGCUAAUGGGUGGAGGAUACUUUGAUAACAUGUGGGAUCCCUACAGCAGUUCGUAUGUGUAUCCUGGGGCGCAGCCGAGGCCUGGGCAUUACCGUCCAAGAGCUCCUGUGAAUGAUAGUUAUGGUUAUUCGAGGGUGCCAGAGGAUUGGACCUAUCCGGCUAAGGUCAAGGAAACACCGAGCAAGAAGACAGUGAGAAUAAUUCCUGUUACGGAUGGAAGUGCAUUCGAGGCGGUGGCGCAGGAAGUUGUGCAAGUAGAAGUUCCGCCUCGUGUUGGGAAGUUCGAGAGUGAGACGGCUGCAGCAACGAAGGUGCAGGCUGUGUAUCGUGGUUAUUGUGUGCGUAAGACUAAGCCUUUAAAGCAUUUGAAAUUGAUUAGGAAAGUUAAGGAGGAGCUGGAGAAUUUCGAGCUUAGGUUUCAAGAAGUACCGCAGAAGAAAAGAAUUUGUACUGACCCGCAGGAGAGAUUGAAGUGGACAGAAGGCAUUAUGGCAUUGCUGCUACGGUUGGAUCAAUUGCAAGGUGCGCAUUCGGACGUCCGUCUCGUACGCAAGUCAGUGGCCAAAGAAUUGAUAAAAUUUCAGGAGAAGCUGGAUUCUAUUUCAGAUGCUUCUGAAGAUGAGGACUUGAAAGACUCAUCCAUGGUUGAGGAGAAUGGUGAUAAUCUCGAUUUUUCGAAUGAAGGGUCGAAACUUAUUGAUAACGGCGAAGAUUCUCCCGGUGAAAAAAGCGUAAAGGAAAUGGGAAUUGACAAAAGCAUUCCGGAGAGUAUAGGUGCGUCGGAGAAUUUAGAUUAUUUGGAGGGAGCAAUAAAUGAGGAUGGUAUCAAUGUUACCUCAGAGCCCCAACAAGCAGUGGACUACGACGGUGCCGUUGAAGCGAAGAACGAGCUACGGGAAAAAGAUUCUAACAGCAUCAAGGGCAUUGAGGAUGUAGCAUCUGAGCAGCAGGCACCUGAAGAGCAUGUUGCCUCAAUUUCUACGAGUCAUCAUGAUCAGGACGGCUUACUUCACAGUUCAAUGGGUGUGAUCGUGGAUCCCAUAGUAAGUGAUGGUUUGGAUCCGAGCUUGACAGAGCCUUUUGCUGCUUUUCCAAUGGAUGUAGAAAACGAGGUUGCAGGGGAGCCGGCUGUCGACUUAGAAGAAAAUGUCGAAUCUGAGUCACAGUAUUUGGAAAGUGUACCACCUAUGGAUGUUGAAGGUGGCAAUCAGGAAUCCUGUCAAUUGGAAAAUUUCGUGGCAAGCGAACCCUCAAGUGUUGUUGCUGACGAGUCAGCAUCACAGGAGAGUGAUGCAAUAGCUUCUGUCGAGAAUGAUGUGGUUCACGGCAAGGAACAUAACGUGAGGAGAGGAGAAGCAGAGGAGCCGUCGAAUGUACUUGUAAAGCCUGAUCUCAGUAGGUUAUCAUGCUGUGACUCGGGUCGUGAUAAUCUUGACAUUUCUAAAUGUCUGGAAGAGAGACAGACUAAGGCUGGAUCAGUGGACCUAGACAAUCGGUGUAUGAUUCCCGCAGGUACUUCUCUGAUUACUCCUCAGGCUACUUCUCUGGCACCUCAAUGUUGCCAGAGGCUACUACAAGGCCACCCCCAAUCUUCAACUGCUGACAAUAAUGAAGCUUUGUCUAACCGUGCGCUGCUGCAACAACUGCUUGACGAAAAUCGAAAACUCAAGGAUGUAGUUGGGAGAGUAUUACAUUGGGGCAAACAACAGAACGACAUUAUUCACAAUUUAGCUAGCCGUAUUGAGCAACUGGAGGAACCACAAUUCCAAGUAGACAUGUUACACGGCGAGAAGCAAAUAGGCAGAAAGAGAAUUAAUACUGAUUCAUGCGUAGCGGGUGGUGGGAAAAGAUCACUUCGUAGGAUAGAGAAAGGUCGCAAGAAGGGAAAAUCGGGUAAUAGGCUCCAACUUAGUCGCUUCGAUCCAGCAAAUUGGCUCUCUGCGGAAUCAGAAGAAUAUUUUUGAACUUUUAGCCCGGCCAGGAUGAUAGGCCGGGCUGUACCAAUCACAGUCUUGUACAUACUCAAAUUUGCAAAUGAUAGUUUCAAAUCAAAUUUUGAUCAUAAAAACCUA